AUGGCGUCGAGACCAUUGAGUAUAAUAGUGUCGGUGAAGACAUUGCGUCCCGAAGUCGAUGACUAUUGGCUACUCAUACCAACCGAUGUGCAGACAAUCGCUGACCUUAAGCGACACGUGAUGUCCAUUGAGGCCAUCGAUUGUCACCGACACCAAGACGUGGAUCUAUGGCUCGCCGACGGAGUGCUCAGAGAUGGCAACACAUCAGUCGGUGAUAUUCUUCAGAAUAGAGAUCGCAUUGAAAUGCGGGCCAAGAGUUGUGGUGACAAGAGGUUCGCCAACAGAUCCGCCGGUGAUAAGUAUGCCAUUGAGUGGGUGUUUGUGACACAGAUAUCACUCGAAUUGUUCCCAAUAUUUAGCUGCGAAUCGGACGCCGACUCGGAGGACAGUCGCACCACUUAUACGGUGAGUAAGUGUACGCCAAAGACGUCGAGGAAUGGAUCGAAACAGACAUCGCUGGCGAGUGGUGUGAAUGGAUCGAUGGAUGAAUUGUUCGGGUCAUCGGUGGUCGACGGCCGCAAAGAUCCGGAUGACUCGGAACCGUCCAAUUGGACGAAGCAUUUAGUGGACGACAAGUAUGUGUUGACCGUCAAACUCACGAGUUUUUGGGACAAUCUCUUGAAUCCAAUGUCUUAUCCGUUCAGUAAUUCUGAUGACGAGUACUACUCAAUGAUCCACACAUUGGGCGCCAAUCGGACAGUCAGUAAGAAGUCGUUCAACACAUCGGACUCACUAUACGACGACUGUAUGGACCAGACUUUGGUGACCAACAGAUCCGACCACUCAUUGCAUAAGAGAUUAGAUGCGAGACAAACCCCGUCCAAUACAGUGGCAACUGAUGGCCACACCUUUACGACAGCACCGGUAGACUCAUCGACACCUGUGGCCAAUCAUUCCCUCAAUAAUACUGUUACGAUGACAACCACUACCGGCGCUCCGAUGACACCACCGGAAACACCCCCUGAGGUUAUCAGUGAUACGUGCGAUGGGAGGCGCUGUUCGACUACCGUUUCGUGUGUCGAGUAA